CAAUCUAUCGCUACUUGACUGUAAUAAUUUGCGCCGAUAUGCGUUGAUUUGCGGUCAGUAGCAAAACUGCGUUAUGCAAACCUGUUCGCGAACUUGCCGUUUCCACUAUCUUUGAUAAUUUGUCAUACUUCCUCGGAUCUGCAAUGGCAAAUGGAUGUGUCCAAAUUGUCGGCUGCAUGUCAGCGUUUGCGGGACUUAUCUGCCUGAUGGUAGCAACUUAUGCGAGCGAAUGGAAAAUCCUCAGCCACUCAACAGAAGGUAUGGUGAAGUCAGUAGUGGUCCGCAUCGGGCUGUGGAUGGCGUGCUCAGUGCCCGUCUCCAAGAGAUGGGAAUGCACUGUGUAUGACUCAGUUCUCCAUGUACCGUUGGACAUCCAAGUGACCAGAGCCAUUAUGAUCAUCAGCAUCAUUCUAUCAGCGUGUGGCCUGGCAGUGGUUGUAUUGGGCAUGAAAUACACACUGUGCCUAGACAAAGACAAGCAUGUGAAAAACAAGGUGGCAUUUGUUGGAGGGAUCCUUAUCACUGUGGCAGGUGUCUGUUCCUUGGGAAUAGUGUCUUGGUAUGCCCAUGCUGUGGUCAACACACAGAAACCCAGACCCUUCCUGGGCAAGUGCCUGUUUCUGGGUUGGGGUGGAGCUCUGCUGUCCAUCACGGGAGGUGUGCUCCUCUCAUGCUGUGGCUUGUCACAGUCCACACCACGCAGAGGCUACACAUCGCCGCAUUCAGUCCAGUUGGCCUCCAGCAAGGUCUACGUGUAGGAAUCCUAUAGAAGAUCCAUAAAGCAAGUUGGUGCCAUGCUCUGCAGACAGAGAAGGAGUACUGUAAAGGGAGACCAUGUCCUACCAGCUUGCUGCAUGGUGUCUGGUAUGCAUGUAUGAGAUUCAAGAACAGAGAUUCUCCAUCAACUCACUGACACAAAGGCUGAAAGACGAGUCUAAAAUUAAGCCAUUAAUAAUGAUUAAUAUGUGGAAUGAUUUAGGUGUACUUUUUUCUACUGAGAUUAUUUUUUCAUAUUUCAGCACAUUUUUUUUCAUAUUUCAUCUAUCAAGGACUGCUCAUCCUUGAGUUGCUAUCCUUAAUAAUGAGUCCUUUCCUCAACUUGUAUCUUUCUGUGAUGUCCCUUGAUGAUGAGCAGACUGAAACAAAAAAGGUCAUUGCGAUAACUAUUUGAUUAGGUUUAUAACUUUGAUCAUAUUGUUGCAGCUGAAAGAGUUUAUAGUUCUUAGGGUCCUGAAAAUCAUCUGCAUCUUUGCAGAGUAUGCUUGCACUUUUUUGCUGAUGUUUAUUAAUGAGUUGUUGAGGUGUAAUGAGGUGUAGAAAUUACUAUUGUAUUAUGUAAAUAGAAUGGGUGGGACAUGCAGUCUCAUGUCAGCCAGUGGCACUCGGUCACUAGGCAUGCUAAACUUGGAGAAUAAAUCGUCUUCAAAUCAACUGCACCAGAGCAUGCAUUGU